AUGGCACCACAAAGCUCCAUUUUGGUGAAAAAGGAGUUAAAACAAGCCGCUAAAAACUAUCAGGACGAUAUUUUGGAACCUGUUGUCAACCCUCUAAAGGGUUUUCCAGCAGGAUUUUGUUCUAGCUCACAAGACCAGGUCAACUCAGGAGUUGUUGCAAAAGAUCAUUCCAGAGUUCAUCUCUGUCUCGGAUUGGCUAUCAGCAAUCCUUGA